AUGAAUUACAGGGUGAAAAUUAUGAGCAAAAUAGUUCCAGGGCAAUUUGACGAUGCGGAAUCUUCAGACAGGUAAUGGAACAAUAGAAUUGUCGAAAGUGAUUUUCAGAUGGUGUGAAAGAACAGAGCUCCACAGAGUCAUCUUUCCGGAGAGGCUGUUUGAAGUAUGGGGAGAAAAAGAGAGUAGCAAUGUGAUGUUGACACAGAAGAGCAGCAGAACAUUUGGGGAUAUUUUUUCCUUCCUUUUCCUAACCUGUCAUAGGUUGGGCCCAGUUUCCAUAAUGUACCAUAUUAUGAAAUGUGAUUUGGUCAAGAGUAUGUUUCUGGUAUGGACUUGUUGGGCUGGCUUCAGUUAUAGGCAGUUUUUACAAAAGCUGCCAUAUCUUGUUUACAGUAUCCAAGGCCUAAUAAUCAAUCGUGCUUGUACUUUUGUUCCCAGUUCCUCUUGCUGGAUUUCUCGUGCAUCUCCAUUCAUACAGAGAGGGGUAUCUAUGAUCCGAUAAUGUUAUUUAUAAGACUUUCAGCUAAUUCACUUAUCAAUAAGGAAGAUGUACAGAAAGUUAGACCGGUGUGGAUAAUUUGCUGAAAUAUGUAACUGCCACCAAUUCUGUCCUUCCCAGUAGUCAAGUGCCAACCUAGAUAACUUCACAGUAACACUUUCGUUUAAAAUGCAGAUCAAAUGAAAGGAAGGGAGGGGAUGGAAUCCAACAACCAAAGAAACACUGAAUCUUAUUACAGUAAAAAAAGAAAAAGUUUCAAAGCUGUAUUUCUCUCUUUUAUUGUCUACGAUAUCUGUAAUAAUAAUAUACAGGAUAAAUCUAUUUUGUUUCUGCCUACUUGCAAACUAAAUUGAGUUACAGUAAAAGUUCAGAACUAAUACACCCUACUUCAAAAUUUCAUCGGUUUCAACACCACCAAUAGCCUUCUUCAGAAAUGGCUCGUGCACAUAAAGCAUGCAGAAGAGGCUGUUGGUUCAUGCUGCCUGCCCCUGACACCCAUGCGCUCAGUGUGGGUGUCUGCAAAAGAAAAGCAUGGACACAUUGCUGCAAGACUGAGAACCCUCUUCAUGUAGGGUUCCCAAUCAUGUGAAAGCAUAUUCACAUAGUAGAUGUGCCUAAGCCCACCUUUUACAGAUGUGGGCAUUGGAGGCAUGGACAUAAGAAGCUGCCACAUACUGAACAGGAUCAUUUGUUCCUCUAGCGCAGUAUUUUCUGCACUGAACAGCAACAGCUCUACAGGGUUUUAAACUGCGACGUUUUCUAUAGAUGCCUGGGAUUGAACCGCAAAGUGGAUGCUGUACCACUGAGCCUUACAGUCCUUGCAGAGGCAUUCCCCCACAGUCUUCCAGGGGCAGGGUUUGCUGAGCAUGAACCUUGGAAAGGCUUGCAAGUCACCUUGAUACUUGAUUCUUGUACACAAGAGGGGCAAGGGGGAAUCUCCCAGGUGUGACACUCAGCCUCAAGGAAGCUUGGAAGGUAGUCAGUGAACUUAUCUGGGACGGCUAACAGCAAAGCAGCAAUUAAUCUGUGCUCCAAGGUACUAUUUCAGUAUAAUAAUAAUACUGAUGAUUAUGAUAACGACAGGGAGCUAGUUGUACUGUGUUGCUGGCUUUGCGCAACUUGAUGAGUUUAUCAUGAUUUCACUAAAUACAUUCUUUUAAAAUAUAUACGUUAGUGAACGCACACAGGCUUCCAAAGCAGCUGAAGAGGAGAAGGCGAUCUUUAUAACGCAGCAGCCACGUUUGUGUGAGGAAGCAGACGAGGGUGAAUUGGAUGAGAGUGGCGAGGAGGAGGACGACAGCGAUUGGGACUGGGACGAUGCCAUGGGGAAGCUCACGAAGCGAAAUCCGUUGUCUGCAGGAAGAAACCCUCAGGUAUGUUGUUCAAGGAAUGUGUGGCUUGAGGGUUCCAGCUUGUUGUUGCUCUUAAGUGAGUUUUUAGACGGCCUCAGGUUUAGAUCCUAGCUACACCUGGAGGGAUGAUAGGAAUUGUAGUCCAACAACCUUUGGAGGGAAGCAGGUUUCCUGCCCCUGGACUGGACAACCUCCAAGGUCCUUUUUAACCCCAUUUUCUGUAACUCUGUAAUGAGGGAUCUGGAGUGAGUUGCAGCAUUGCACGCUCCCUCUUCCUCUGGUGCAAAUAUACCCCUCACUCCUAGGCAUAACCAUGGUUAAAGUGUUUAUCAGAGCUUGACUCACAUGCUGAUUGGGCUUUUGUACCCAGGUGGAUGGUCUGCGAAAUUUGCAUGAGAAAGGAUGGGUUGUGCAAGCAUGAUGUCCGGAUUGUAUGGCUCUGGUUAUGAGAUCGGGAGUACGAUUGUGUGACAGGGUUUCUUUUUUUGUGUUUUUGUUUCAGGCCAAUAAGCAAAUUCCUAGCUGCAACGCAGCCAAAAUGUCCACUCCUACAGAUAAGGCCCUAAGAAAGUUUGAGAAUAAAAUCAAUCUAGGUAAGAGCAGUCAUUCUCGUUUUCUAGAAAUAGGUAUUUGUUAAGGACCGUGCCGAAUAGCCAUAUUUGCUGGGUUGAAGUUGGUGAAUCCACGUGUGUCACACUCCCUAAUGUAACUCAUCAGUAUGAGUUUAAGAACUGCAGACAGGCACACACAGCCUGAAAAUGUGUUUCUCAGGCUCUGUGCUCCUGCCUACCUACACCUUUGAGGUCACCCCCCCCCCAGCUCAUGCAAGGGGGCACAGGACUUGAUCAGCUGUAGGGCUGGCCGAUGUAUCUCGGUGGGGAGGAAGAAACAGUCGAGAUGCAUUCCAGAAAGUCAGAAAUAUAUCAGCAUAUCAUGGUAUUUAGCUGCUGAUAUAUCACGAUGCUGAAAACCAGCCUUGCUUGAAAAGACUAUACAGUGGUACCUUGGGUUACAGACGCUUCAGGUUACAGAUGCUUCAGGUUACAGACUCCGCUAACCCAGAAAUAGUACCUCGGGUUAAGAACUUUGCUUCAGGAUGAGAACAGAAAUCAUGCUCUGGCGGCAGCGGGAGGCCCCAUUAGCUAAAGUGGUGCUUCACGUUAAGAACAGUUUCAGGUUAAGAACGGACCUCCGGAAUGAAUUAAGUUCUUAACCCGAGGUACCACUGUACCGUAAUGGUAACCAUUGGGUGGCCGCGGUGGGGGGGAUUAACUUGAUAUUUUUCUUUUUAAGCUAUUCUUUUUUAAUCAUAUCUGUGUAGCAUGUUGCACACUAUGGCUGUCACAGGACAAGGAUUCUGUGGCCCUCCAGAUGUUGCUUGACUACAACUGCUGUCAUCCCUGAUGAUUGGUUACGCUGGAUAGGGUAGAUCAAUGUUGUGAGUCCAACAACAUUGGGAGAGCUACAAGUUCUCUCAUUCUGAUACAGCCCAUUCUCCUCUGUCUGCACGACAGCAGGUAUCACUGAACCCUCCUCCAUUUGCAGGUCCUGCAUCCCACAGCACACCCUUAGUUACUAUCUGGAGCAAACCUUAAGUUCCUUUGGCCACAGGGAGAGAGAAGGAAGUUAUUCGUACCAGAUUUCAUCUUCCACACCCCAGUAUGUUCAUGCCUAUGUGAGAGCAAUGUAAUAGACUUCUCUUUUCUGUGCCAUUGUCUGAAACCUUAGGAAGGUGUUGGAGGAGUCUCUGAGAGUCUGGCCUAGUUCUCUGUAUUGUUCACUUCCUGCUGAAAUAGCAGGCCUGAAACUACAGUGGUACCUCUGGUUACGUACUUAAUUUGUUCUGGAGAUCCGUUCUUAACCUGAAACUGUUCUUAACCUGAGGUACCACUUUAGCUAAUGGGGCCUUCUGCUGCCACCACACUGCUGGCACACAAUUUCUGUUCUCAUCUUGAGGUAAAGUUCUUAACCCGAGGUACUACUUCUGGGUUAGUGGAGUCUGUAACCUGAAGCGUUUGUAACCCGAGGUACCACUGUACUUGUGUUUAAAUGAUUUUUGGACUACAAAGAAGCCAAACGUAGUACCUUUGUUGUGUGUAAUGGCUUUAUUUUAGAGACAUUUCAACAAGGACAUUUUUCUUGAUGUGUCAUGGAUAAGGAGCGUGACGCAUUUUCAGGCUGCAGAGUCAGAAACUAGUUUUAAAUUGAGACGUGCGGGUAGGCGAAAGAGGAAUGUAUUGGUGUUAAUUUCCUUAUAUGUGUGUGUUUUCCCCUCUUCAAGACAGGCUACACUUUGCUGACUCUGUUAUAAAUAAAGUUACUGAGAAGUCCAGGCAGAGAGACGCAGAAAUGUAAGUAGUGAGGAUGACACAUUUGUAUUUCAGUAUUAUCCAAAUGAAGUGUAGUGGAUCAUGAAAUUCCUUUGUUUCCACUAGGUACCGGGUGAAAGACAAGUCAGACCGAGCAACAGUGGAACAAGUAAGUCACGCAGAGUAUCAGACAGUUGCAAAAAAAAUCCCCAUUUAAAUAAAAAUCAAGAGUCCUCACCUUUUAAAAAAAGCAAACUGACGUAAUAAAAUGAUUAAACCACAUUUACUCAGAAGUAAGUAAGUCCUGAAGAAUUCUGUAGUGGGUGUCCAUAGCUAAAUAGAUUUUAGUGUGCUAAAAUCCACUUUUGCUUAAUCUUGGUAUUUAUCCAUUUUAAUCAACCAUUUUUACUGUGAUUUAUUGUUCUAAUUCUUGGCUUGGACCAACCUAACACUUAGCUCCUAAAAAACCCCAAUGCUCUUAGCUCUCUUUGUGUUUUUAUUAUUUUAUAUAAUCUCUUAUAUGCAAGAAUUUAGACGGGACCAAUAAAUGCAAGAGAAAAGUUUCUGGGCAGCAGUUCCAAGUAAUGCCAUUUCAUAAGGCUGUUUUGUUGCUUUCCUGAGGUUCUGGAUCCAAGGACUAGAAUGAUUCUGUUCAAGAUGCUAACCAGAGGUGUCAUAUCGGAGAUCAAUGGCUGCAUCAGCACAGGAAAAGAGGUUGGUUUCACUGCAAAAAGAGCCAGCUAUAAUAAUCUGUUUAAAACCAUUAGACUAAAAAGAGGGUCCCAAUUAAACACACAACACAUUUUCAAAAUAUAAAUAUAAAAACCAAAUUAGUUCAAAUUCAAGCGGCAGACAAUUAUACAGUAUAAGCAUGCAAAGACAAUGGAGAGGUUGUACACGACACUAAACAAUGUUUUAGUGUUACGAUGGUGAGCUGCAGUUGUGUGAUUACUUCCUUCUGCCCUCAAUCAAUGCUGUGAGAAGAUUAGAAGCUGAAUCCUGGUCAUUGUAACACAGAACAUAAUGUAAUCCAGCCUUUGAAUUCUGAGCUUUAACAAUAAUUACCUUUUGGGAGUCAGGUCCAGCUUGCAAGCUGCCAGUUAGAAGUCCCUGCGCUAGAUGAUUGAUCUUAUUUACUGUAUUUUUCCGUGUAUAAGACUAGGUUUCCCCCCCUAAAAAUUAAUGUCAAAAAUUAGGGGGUGUCUUAUACAUGGGACCAUCUCCCCCCAUUUUCUUAAAUCUGAGUCUUAUAGACGGAAAAAUACAGUAAUAAGUGGGCUUGGUAUGUGCAACAGUGUAGUAGAACAGGAUUCAUUUUGUGAGAACUUUACAUCCAUCUUUAUUAUUUUCAUGAAAGGAAUCUUGUUCUGCGUGCUUCAUGCAAAUUGUGUGCAUCAUUGGCGCCAUGGUUUGCACACACAUGCAGAAGUAUGCAGGUAUACCGCCACCUGCCUCUUCUGUUCAUGAUCCAAGUGUUUGGGGACUGAAAAUGUAAACAGAAAUGUGGUUCUACGCAGGUGCCUUCUGGAAUAGGGCUGCACAGGUACGGUGGAACCUCGUGUUAUGCACCGUCCUCCUUGCGAACACUUCGGGUUACGAGCUCCGCUAACCUGGAAGUAGAUGCUCCAGGUUGCGAACUUUGCCCCGUGAUGCGAGCGCAAGUUGUGUGGCGGCGACAGCAGGAGGCGCCAUUAGCGAAAGCGUGCCUCAUGUUAAGAACGGUUUCGGCUUAAGAACGGACCUCUGGAACGAAUUAAGUUCGUAACUGGAGGUACCACUGUAUUGGCCUAUUAGUUUCUUGGGCUGCCUUUAGCUUGGUGGAUUAAGCAGACUUUUGUAGUAUAGGAUCUCCUUGGAUUGUAAUCUUAAAACUAUGGGGGUUUUUUUAGCAACAGGGUCCUUAUCUUUGAAUAAAGAUCAGAUGAUACAUUUUUGUUUUGCCUAUUUGCAAUUUGCUAGGCUAAUGUAUAUCAUGCCAACACAGCAAACGGAGAGAACAGAGCCAUAAAGAUUUAUAAAACGUCUAUACUGAUGUUUAAAGAUCGGGAUAAGUAUGUGAGUGGAGAGUUCAGGUGAGUCUGAGAUUUUAAUUUUUACCCCCAGCACACUUACGUGUGCCUGGUUACUUAACGUUUUCCAUAACAAUAAUUUCCAUGCUGGGUUUUUUUAGAAUUACAUUUGCCUGUUGUUUUUUCCUCAAGGUUUCGCCAUGGCUACUGUAAAGGAAACCCAAGAAAAAUGGUCAAGACGUGGGCAGAAAAAGAAAUGAGGAAUUUAACAAGGUGACCUUUUUCAAACAUUUUGGCCAAGACUUUGUUCCCAUACGCCAGCUCUCAUCAGCCUGGUGCCCUCCAACUGUUCCAGCCUACAACAGCCAUCAGGCACAGAGAGUUGUAGUCCAGAACACCUUUGCAAAGGCUGCUAUGCUCCAUUUUGUAGUGGAUCAAAUGAACAUUUUAAUGGGCUCCCUUGGGAAAUUAAAAUAGAAUCCUAGGGUUUGAAGAGACGAGAAUUUUGCUAACCCCAGUCCCUUUUCCCAUAGAUGAACAUUCCCAUUUCCCUGCAAGUCAUGCUUACCUUUCUGACAGAUAAAUGGAGUAUUUUUUGUGCUAUAACUAUUAAUGGGCCUUUUUAAAAAAAAACUUAGAACAUUUUAGUAAGUGUUACAAGUGUUUUUUAAAAAACCCUUCAUGCCAGAUAAUAUCAUGGGGGGGGGCUUUUUUUUUGUAGGUUACAUACAGCCCAAAUUCCAUGCCCAGAACCUAUUAUGCUCAGAAGUCACGUUCUCGUUAUGAGUUUUAUUGGAAAAAAUGACAUGUAAGUAUACUCAGAAACUUUGUUCGUGUUUGUGUAUUUUUUUUAUAUAAAGAAAUCACUUUAUUAGCAAUUCAAUCCUGUAGCUAGUCAGAAGCAAAUCCAUAGCUCUGUUAGUGAGUUUUCUCAUCUAUCUAUCUAUCUAUCUACCUCAAAAAAAUGCUCUUGUAUUGUCCUGUAGUUCAGACAGGGUCAUCUCAUCAUUGCUUGGGAGGGGGGGAGCCUAAAUAAUGAAAAUCUGAAAGCAAACGGGGAGAAAAAUAAUAUAAUUUGUUAGAUGCAAAUAACUGAUACAAUUAGUUAGAUGUGAAUACAGUGGUACCUUGGUUUUCUAAUGUAAUCCGUUCUGGAAGACCAUUCAAGUUCUGAAAUGUUCAAAAACUGAGGCGCAAAGGGUGGUCUGCAAAUUUAAUAAAUAUGAGAAAAAGAACAUAUGCACUCAGCAACUUCUGAGGCGUGUUAGAAAACCGAAGCGUUUACUUCCGGGUUUACGGCAUUCGAAAACCAAAACGUUUGUCAAAAGAGACGUUUGAAAACCGAGGUACAUACUUGAUUAGCUUAGCCCACCCAUUAGAAAUUACAUUAGUAUAAGCAAAUACAAAUGACACAUGCGCAAAGGAAAUGUCUACUGAAAUAAAACAAAUAGUGAUAAUAAUAAUAACUGUAAUAGAUAGAAGACGCCAUAGAAGGAAAAAAAGGAAAGAAGAAAAAAAUAAGGUAAGGGAGGGGAAUAGGUGUGUGUGUGCAUGUGUGUAUAAUGCAGUGGAGAGUUAUUCAGAAGUCAGGUACAGUGGUAAAAAGGUAAAGGUACCCCUGCCCGUACGGGCCAGUCGUGUCCGACUCUAGGGUUGUGCGCCCAUCUCACUUAAGAGGCCGGGGGCCAGCGCUGUCCGGAGACACUUCCGGGUCACGUGGCCAGCGUGAGGAAGCUGCUCUGGUGAGCCAGCACCAGCGCAGCACAUGGAAACGCCGUUUACAUUCCCGCUAUACAGCGGUACCUAUUUAUCUACUUGCACUUAGGGGUGCUUUCGAACUGCUAGGUGGGCAGGAGCUGGGACCGAAGGACGGGAGCUCACGCCGCCGCGGGGAUUCGAACCGCCAAUCAUACGAUCGGCAAGUCCUAGGCACUGAGGUUUUACCCACAGCGCCACCCGCGUCCUAUUCAGGUACAGUGGUACCUCGGGUUAAGUACUUAAUUCGUUCCGGAGGUCUGUUCUUAACCUGAAACUGUUCUUAACCUGAAGCACCACUUUAGCUAAUGGGGCCUCCUGCUGCCGCCAUGCCGCCGGAGCCCGAUUUCUGUUCUUAUCCUGAAGCAAAAUUCUUAACCUGAAGCACUAUUUCUGGGUUAGCGGAGUCUGUAACCUGAAGUGUAUGUAACCUGAAGUACCACUGUAUUUGAAAAUAGGUUACAAUGGGAGGUGUUGUCUUUGACCCUUUCUUCCAAUAGCUUAUGCCUCCGAAUAUCAGUCUCUGAGAAUUGCAAUUGGGGAGAGUGCUGUAACACUCUGGUCCUGCUUAUGAGCUUCCCAUGGACAUCUGGUUGACCAUUGUGGGAAAUGGGACGUUGGACUCGAUGGGCCUUUGGCCUGACUCAGCAGAGCUCACAUUCUGUUAGCCAAAGUGGGUAUGGUAUUGGAGAAGAAGGAGGACAACUGUUGAUUAUAUUCUGGUUUUUUCCCUCUCCCUCUCUCCUUUUCCUUUUGAUCCAAGGCCUGCUCCAUUGUUGAAAAACGCCCAGUUGUCAGAAUCCAAAGCUCGGGAGUUGUAUCUGCAAGUCAUACAAUACAUGAGAAGAAUGUACCAAGAUGCCAAGCUCGUUCAUGCAGAUCUCAGUGAAUUUAACAUGCUGUAUGUCUUAAAGAAGCUGAACGUUGAUACCUCUUUCAUCCGUAUAUGUUACCUUGCACAACUCUGCCCUGGAGCUAGGGUGUUGUCCUCCUGGCUCCACAGCCUGUGAAUGUGACAGAUGAUUUGUGUCAUUGUUACACCAGAGCUCUUUAAAAAUUGGUGCAGUUUCCAAGAAACAAAAUGAAAAAUGAAAAGCUGAAUUUAUCCUACAAAAUGAGGUCAAUUGUAAAUGAGCUUCUAUUCUCCUUUUUUCCUAAAACCAUUUUGGGGGUUCAGUUGGCUAUCUUUCUGCAGUAUAAAAAUAAAUAUGUAGAGCAAGAGAUGCGAUUGGACUUAGAUCAAGCAUCUUUUGCCAUCCUAAGAUUCAGGUGUUUGACAUGCUCCUUCGGCUCUGUUUCCAAGGUUUCCCUAAAGUUAAAACCUUGGUCAAGUAUCUUUUAUAAGUCUAUACCCAGCUUUUCAUGGAUCUUAAAGACACCUCUGGCAUCUGCGCUUAGAUUCUCCUGCUUUGGCUUAUGGCGAGAAAUAAGAAAUGAGAUUAAGAAAAUAGCUAAAACGCAUUGAUCAGCCUUGUAUCUUCUGAUCUGCCCUCUGCUUUCAAGUAGAAAAAAAUAAUAAAAUAAUAAUAAUUAAAUUCAUUUUUAUUUCAGUAAACAAAAUCGUAGGGCAUACAGUGGACUUAAUUUCACAGAAAUGACUUGUGCUUUACAUUAGCUGAAAUUCUAAUGACCUCCCUCUUUCACCCUAAGUGGUAGAAUGUUCCAUAAAAAGUCCCUAGUAAACUUUCAGAAACAGCAGUACUAACAAUAGCAUCAUGUUGCUUAUUCCCACUUCUCCAGGUAUCACAGUGGUGAGGUAUACAUCAUAGAUGUGUCCCAGUCGGUGGAACACGACCACCCACAUGCUUUAGAAUUCCUGAGGAAAGACUGCUCUAACAUCAAUGGUGAGUUCCAGCCAAGAAACAUCAACAUCCUGGCUAUCUUGAAUAUUUUUGUGUGCCUGAUUUAAUCCCCUGUCACGUGACAGAUUUGCAUGCAUGGAUCUGAUCCCGAUUGCUCAUACAUACAGUUUUGAAUGGGCACUGGUAUAGAUUUUCCUGCAAAUUAAAAUUAUUAUUGAGUUAUCUCGAAUGAUAUUUCGACUCGGAUAUGCUUUGAAGAUUGGUUGCUUCAACAUCAACUGUCCAGGAUAACUCUUGAGGACUCCACCAAAUAACAGAGUUAUUCUAGUAAUUUUACAAGAGUUCAGAUAUUCCACACUGCAUUUGGUUUGCAUAGGUGCGAAUAUCUUAUGUCGCCUUUGGUCCUUUCUGGCAGAUUUUUUCCGGAAGUACAAUGUUGCGGUGAUGACGGUGAGAGAACUCUUUGAAUUCAUUACAGAUCCAUCUAUUACAAACGAGAACAUGGAUGCUUACCUUGAAAAGGUAAAGCUUUAGAGAUUUUGCCUCUAUGGGAAAGCAUUUAGAGGGAAGAUAUUGGUUCAACUCUCUUACAAUUCUCUUUUUAUAAAUGAAAGCUGAUUUAGCUAUUGUGUAUAGCAACGAUGUUGUUUUUGCAAAGGUUUCUGCAUCCUGCUAUAGAUACGGAAGUAUGAUACACAUACACUGCUGAUGAAAUAUAAAGGGAGAAAAAAAAGUGUGUCUGUUUCGGUCCUUUCCCACAAACUUACAACGUCUGCAUUAUUGGUCUAGUACUCUACACUAAUUCUCAAAGUUAACCUUCCCCAAACUGGUGCCCUCCUGUGGUUUUGGACUACAGAUCAAAUUAUCCCUGACCUGGCUGGGGACGGUUGGAGCUAUAUAAGGUUGAAGACUUAACCACUCAAUUCAGUUAGUUGCUUAUUUGUGCUGUAUUCCUCUACUCAUAUGGCAUAUGGAGUGGCUUUACAACAUAAAAUGCACAACAGAAGUACAACAUGUACAUUAAAAAUGCUAAUAAUAAGUAAAGUUAAAAAAACACAAAUGUAAUAUGAAGACAGCAAUAGUCAAACCUUUAAAGGAUUAUAAGUCUGUAAAAAAAAAGAAUAGAGCAAUGAAAAGAAGGCACAGAGAAUAAUGUGUUUCCACAGGACAUGUAUUAAGACGUCCAAAGCUGAUUUUAAAGCAUGAGAAGUUCUGUAUCGGGUGUGAGAGUUGUUAAGGUAACUAGAACCUGGACAAUUUAGAGCUUUGAAGGGCAAAAUUAGCAGUUUUAAUUGAGCCCAGACGAAACAAGCAUCCAGUGAAUUUGAGAAAGAAUAAAGAGUUUACAUGCUCUGGACAAAGGUCUGGCCUGCAUAUUUUGGACCAAUUCAAAUUUCCCAUCUGUUUUUAAAGGCAGUCCCUUGUAGAAAGCCUAUUCUGGGACAGGGACAGCCCCUCUGGGAGUGGUAGCGGUGACUGAAAUAGGAAGAGCUAUUUCUUAGGGCUACAUAGAGAGCAUUUAGGUCUUGGUGGGCUUUAAGUCACUGUUAAAAGUCUUGCAUUAUAUCCUAUAGGCAAUGGAAAUAUCGUGUGAGAGGACAGAGGAGGAAAGGUCCAAUCAGGAUAAUGUGGAUGAAGAGGUAAGCCAGAGGAUUUCCUCACGUCUUCUGUAUCUGUUGUGUCUCUUCUGUGAAAUGUUCAUCAGUACUUUGACAAUGUUCUGCAGUAUCUUUAUUAUAAAUGUUUUUACAGUAUCUAAAUGUCCGUGAGAUUAUUGGCCUUGCAGUCUUUCUCUUUCGACACUUGAGUGUUUCCACCUGUUCCCAAGUGGCCCCUCAUGUGGACUACACGAUGGCAGUGUUCCCGCAUCAUGCCAAACCAUGGUUUCUCAUGUUGUUGUCUGUAUGGCAAAGUGGUUAACACUAACCAUGGUUGGUUUCACAAAAGCCAGCAUUAACCACAGGUUGGGUCGUCAAAACGAACCAUACUUUGUGUUACUCACAGUUCUGGAUCCAGAUAACACUACAAGCUGUCAUUAACUGGAGGUGAAAGCUUCUGAACUCCUCCAGGAGAAGGAGAAGGAAUAGGGCACACGAGACCAGGGUUUGCUGCAGCUUGUGGUAAACCAUGGCUUAGCAUGAUGUGGGAAUAUGACCAGUGUAGGAACACAGUGAUCACAGAUAAGGUUUCUAAUCCUGCCAGCUGUUAAAUAUGUUGACAUAAUUACAACAAUUGCUACUGGCCAAAUCUAGGCAAUCUGAUUUCCAUGUUGUUUGUCCAUGUAAACAUAUACCUGAGAACCAAACUAGACAUCAUGUCAGAGGUCCACGAUCUUUCGUGUCCUAGUCAUAUACCCUUUAUUAAAACAUUGACAUUGCAGAACUGAAUGAAUGUUUGUGGUUAUUUCGCCUUGUUAGGUGUUCAAGAAAGCAUAUAUCCCAAGAACUCUGACUGAAGUUAAGAACUACGAAAGGGAUGUUGACAUAAUGAUGAAGCUGAAGGAGGAAGAGACAGCCUUAAAUGUGCAGCAAGAUAAUGUAAGUAUCCUUGGACUAUGUGGAAUUUGAGGUUGCACAUACUGACCAGAAUACCACGAUACACUGUAACGAUGGUAGCAAGUGUGUAAUAAAACUGUUCCUAAAGGAAACCUCUCAUUCUUUUCUUCCUCUAUUUAUAGUACUACAAUUAUAGCCUCAGUUGGUCUCAGAAAUGGUAGAUUAUUACUAUAAAAGGGAUGGUCAUGAUGUAAAUACUGGGACAGGAUACCUAAGGGACAGCCUCAUACUAUAGAUCCCUGCCUGGUAAUUGCUGCUCAGAUAAGGCACUGCUAAGAGUAGUGUGUGCCCCAGAGUUAUGUUUAGUUUGUACUAGAAACGGGGGCUUUUAGCAUUCCCGCUGCAGCCCUCUGGAAUAAGUUACCAAUUGAAAUCGGACAAGCGCCUUGCAACUUUACCUUCAGACAUCUACUGCAAACGUGUGUUUUUUUGUCUAUGAAAGCAUUCCCUGAAGGGGUGACACAAUCAUUCUAUCAAAUAUUAUUUGUUUCUCUUGUAAAAAGGUUUUUCGUUGUUUGUAGAAAUUGCUUUAGUUUUCGUAAAGACUUGGUGAUUUUUGUGUCUGUUUUAUCUCAUUUGGACACUGCUUCAAUGGCUUGAGGCUAUGAAUCAGUUCAUAAAUCUGUAUGCCUGCAUGCAUGAAUAAAUGCCUGUAUUCACAGAACAGCAGGGUGUUAAUGGGCACACUGAGUACUUGACGCAGUGAUCAGUGCUUUGUGUCAACUGAGCCAAUGUAAUGUAAUGGGUAGGCUGAGGGACAUAGACUGGAGACACCCAGCUUCAUAUUGCUGCUUCCCCAAAAGGCUCAUUGAGAAGGAUUACCAGGAUAAUAUAUAUGAAGCCUUUGGACAUUUGAAACGUGCUAUAUAAAUGCAAACGUUUAUUCUAAGUUUCUUAUAUUUAUUUCCGAUGCAGAUUCUCUACCAGACUGUGACAGGGUUAAAGAAGGAUUUAUCAGGUGUCCAGAAGGUAAGUCUGAGAUUGUAUUCUUCCGUGUGUAAAAAUCACUUUGUCUGAAGCUUCUCACAAGAUUGAAUUUGCAUUGUAUGUAUGUAUUGGGUAAAUAUGGAAAUAUGGAAUGUUUUGUUUCUAUUAGCUGAAAUAUCCUAGUCUAUGGAAUCAUAAGCUCGUGUCAAACAUCAUACCAAACAAUACACAAUCAGCAGAUGAUGGCUUAGAUCUGUUUGUCUGCUUUCAUUUUCCCAACCCUUGGCUUCAUAAAUCCAUACUUUCCUCUCCAUGGUGCAGCAACCUCUGGAGGUAGGGCUGUGGUUUGUGAUUUGUCACAAAUGAGUGACACUGACUAGCAGUGGUUUACAAACCCAUUUCAAGCCGUAGUUUGUAAAUUCAGACAUCUUUCCAAACCAUAGCAAACCUCCAUUUCCCCAUGAAUUGGCAUGCCAUUGUAGAACUGGAAGAAGCCUUGUGGGUUAUCUAGCCUCUUCCUCCGUAAAAAGCAGGAUUCCCUAGUUUGAUAUUGGAAUUGUUCUUCCAAAUCUCCAGCUUUUCCUGAGCAGGUUGUACCCUUGCCUAAUUACCGUAUUUUUCGCCCUAUAGGACGCACUUUUUCCCCUCCAAAAAUGAAGGGGAAAUCUGUGUGCGUCCUAUGGGGCAAAUACAGGCUUCAGGAAGCUAUCAGCAAGCCUGGGGAGCCCGCGGGAGUUCCCGCAGGGCUUCCCAGGCUGCGGAUAGCAGCCUGCCGCCCGGCGCGCCCUGCGCACUGGGCAGACAUCCGCACCCUGGGGAGCCCUGCGGGAGUUCCCGCAGGGCUCCCUAGACUGCGGAUAGCAGCCUGCCGCCUGGCGCGCAGGGCGCCCUGAAGCAGAGCGCCCCGCGCGCCGGGCAGACAUCGGCCAGCCCCACAAGCUCAGGGGACAGUGGGGAGGCGGAGCACCGCCAUACCGCUGUUCCCCGACCUGCUUUGGUUUCCCCAACCUGGUUUUGGGGGGGAAAUAAAGGGAAUUUCCCCCCCUUUAUUUCCCCCCCAAAAAACUAGGUGCGUCCUAUGGGACGGAGCGUCCUAUGGGACGAGAAAUACGGUAAUCUCCGAGUUUAGAAAUGGUUGCCUAGUUUCCAUCCUAAGGCUGCUUUGCUGUCACUAGAAUCAAAUUGCAUAUUGUCUUUACAGUGGUCUUUUAGCUACUAGAACAGUUCUUCUUGUGAUGAUAUACAAUACCUAGAUUGCUUGUUCAUGUUCAUUACUUGAUUACUUUAUGCUUGAUGACUUCACAGGAAAAAAAAUCAUUGUGUUUCAGGCAAUGUGAGCGGAUACAAAAACUUGGCUGUGAGGGUAGAUUUGUGAUGGUUCAUUGUUGCUCCAUGUGUUCAACCAGCUGUUGAGGCUAGAAUAAGCAACCUGAGGCUCUCCAGAUGUUGUUGGACUCCCAGUUCCCAUCAUCCCUGACCAUUGGCCAUGAUGGCUGGGGCUUAUGGGAAUCGUAGCCCAACAAGCCCUGGAGGGACACAGAUUCUUCAUUCCUGGCUUAAGAGUUAGUUUAGAGCAGGGUUUCCCAAUAUUGGGUCUCCAGCUAGUUUUGAAAUACAACUCCCAUCAAUCCUAGCUUGCAACUGGAGACCCAAACUUGGGAAACCCUGGCUUAGAGUACCCUUCCCCAAUGUAAUACUCUCCAGAUAUUUUAGAUUACAAUUCCCAUCAGCCCCUGAUAGCAUGGCUAGGGAUAAUGAGCGUUUCGGUCCAAAAUAUCUGGAGGGCUCCAGGUCAUUAUUGCUGUGUGUGUGUGUGUGUGUGCGUAUAUAUAUAUAUAUUCUCUGAGGGAAAAGUACAUCAAUUGUAUAAAUAGGUACAAUACGUGAAGAAAGAGAGAGUUCAGCAACAUACAUCGACUCCUUUGUGAACUUACAAAAACAAUUAGAUUUAAGUGAGAACGAAGAAGAAUUCUCUAGAAUUGUAGUGCGUCCAGCGUUAUUUCCUAUGGAGCUUUUAUUGACACUUUGAAGUCCAGAACUAGAACGACACAAUUAUGUUGUCUGCCUUUUAGGUGCCUGCUCUCCUUGAAAAUAGAGAGGAGGCAGAAUCUGAUUCAGAGGACAAUGAUAGUUCUGACCAUUCAGAGUUGGGCUGCAAAGAGCAGGAAGAAGAAUCUGUCCAUCCUAAAGAUCGACCUGCUGAAACCAGCGUGGAUAAAAAGGUUAGUUGUUCAGAUGCAUCCUCCGUGAUGGAGUGUGUGCUUUGUGUGUGCUAAAGAUUUCAGGUUCAGUCUUUAGGAUCUGUAGCUAGGGCGAGGGAGAAACCUCGUCUAAAUGCCUGGAGAGCCAUUGCUGAGACAAUACUGGGCUGGAUGGGGCCAGUGGCAUUAAAAACCCAAUUACGCAGCAUUAAAACAUAAACAUUCAUAAAUAAAACCUGUACUAUUCUAUGAGUCCACUUGGUCACUUAGGCCUAUUAUUCACAAUACUCUCUUUUUCCAGGAACGGAAGAAGAUAGCCAAAGAGGCUCAGAGAGAGAAGAGGAAAAACAAGACCCCAAAGCACGUGAAGAAACGGAAAGAGAAGACUGCAAAGAUGAAAAAGGGGAAAUAA